AUUAAAAAUUAUUAUAGUUUAUAAUAAUUUAUAAAAAUAAAUAAAAAAUGUCAAAUGUUUUAGCAGAAAUGGAUGAUUUAAUGGCAGAGUUGGGGUUAAUCGAUCAAGGAAAUGAUCAACCUCCAUCAGUUUCAGCCACUACAACCACUACACAACCAAUCAUGUUUAAAGAUCCAAAUUUAUCAACAGGACCAGGAGCAGAUUUUAAAAAUCAAGCAUUAAAUACAAGUGGUGGAAUAGUAUCUAAAGGACCAGGAGCAAAUAUAAGUACAGGGCCAGGUAUGGUAAGUACAGGGCCAGGUAUGAUUAGCAGAGGACCAGGUAUGAUUAGUAAUGGACCAGGUAUGGUUAGUAGUGGACCGGGCCCAAUUAGUAGCGGACCAGGACCAAUUAGUAGCGGACCAGGAUUAUCAUUUGCCGCAACAACAUCUCCAUCAAUACAAUCAAAUCAAAACAAUCAACAAUAUUCAGGCGGUAUUACAAAUACUAUAAAUUUGGUUCCACAAAAUCAUCAAUCAUCAUCAUCACCACCAAUGAACUCACAACAAGCAAUGCCAUCUUAUAUUGACGGAUUAGGUACAGUAAGUCCCAUUCAAUUGGCAGCAACUACACCAGAUGGACGUUUAGUUAAAGCAAAUGGUCCAAUUUGUGGAGCAUGUAACGAAAUGAUUAUUGGUGUAGCAACCAAUGCAUUAGGACGUUCCUAUCAUCCAGAACAUUUUGUUUGUACCUAUUGUAAGCUACCAUUCGCAGGAUCAUUCGUCGAACACGAAGCUAAAUUGUACUGCGAAAAUGAUUAUUUAGAGUUAUUCAGCCCACGUUGUAAUGCAUGUGCCAAAGCAAUUGAAGAUACAUGUAUCACUGCAUUGGGAAAUAAAUAUCAUCCAGAUUGUUUCAGUUGUUCAGGUUGUGGUGAUAAGCUUCGUGGUAAACCAUACAAAGAAGAGGACGGAGAAGUUUAUUGUAACACAUGUAAAGUUGCAAGACAAAAGCGUUUAGCAGCUAAAUCACAAAUUUGUUCCAAAUGUAAACUACCAAUUACUGGCGAAUAUAUUCUCUUACAAGGUCAACCAGUCCAUUCUGAACAUUAUCGUUGUGAAGAGUGCGGUUGUGAAUUUAAUGUUGGUAAAACCUGUCACGAAUAUGAAGGUCGUCUCUAUUGUUACGAAGAUUAUCAAAAACAAAUUUUAAAUAUUUGUGGUUCUUGUGCUAAACCAAUUGUUGGCCGUUCCAUUACUGCCUUAGGUAAAGUUUGGCAUCCAGAGCAUUUUACAUGUACAACAUGUCAGGUACCAUUUGCUGGUAGUGCUUUCCGUGAACAUGGUGGCAAACCAUAUUGCGAAUCUCAUUAUCAUCAAUUUUUUGGUAGAAUUUGUUUCAAAUGUUCCAAACCAGUCGUUGAUAAGGGUGUUGAAGUUUUUGGUAAAAUCUAUCAUCGUGACCAUUUCACUUGUACAGGUUGUGAAUGUUUAUUAGGUAAAGAAAUUAUGGAAUGGGAUGGUAAACCAUUAUGUUUCAAAUGUUAUGAUGCUUUACCAAAAGAAGUUAGAAAGAGAAUUAAAGAAAAGAAAGCAGGUGAUAAAAAAGCAGAAGCCUUCCGUGACAAAUUAGCCAAAAAAGAAGCAAAAGAAAAGAAAAAGGAAAAAGAGAAAUUAGAAAAAGAAGCUAAAAAAAAUAAACAAUAA